AAGGCGCGUGCGAGGUGGCGAGAGGCUGUAGAAGCAGAAGAAGAGGAGGAAGAGGAUGAAGGUGUGCAUCGCUGAUGUCAGUUGAGAUCCCAAAAGACGAAACUUUGUGACGCCUUCCUCUAUUUUUCCCCCCCACGGAUCCGACUGCUGAAGACUUCCCUGCCACCAUCGUGAUGGGCGACAUCUACGAUUCGGCGUGCGAUUCGUUGAGUCUGCUGGAGUCGCCGUGCCUGACCAAAGUAGAGCUGAGAGUGACGUGUAAAGGGAUCAGCGACCGCGACGCUCUCUCCAAACCCGACCCGUGCAUCGUGCUCAACAUGCAGUCGCACGGACAGUGGAUGGAGGUGGACCGCACGGAGGUGAUGCGCAGCUGCGUGAACCCGUCCUACUCCAAAGUCUUCACGCUGGACUUUUACUUUGAAGAGGUGCAGCGUUUGCGCUUCGAGCUGUACGACAUCAACAACAGCAACUUCAACGGUGUGAAGGACGCCGACUUCCUGGGCGCCGUGGAGUGCACGCUGGCACAGAUCAUUUCUCAGAGGAAACUCUCCAAAGCUCUGCUGAGGCCAGGAGGCAACGUGGGAAAAACCAUCAUCACGAUCACAGCAGAGGAGCUGACUGGGAAUGACGACUACAUCGAGCUUUCCUUUAGUGCGAGGAAGCUGGAUGAUAAGGACUUCUUCAGUAAGUCAGAUCCGUUCCUGGAAAUCUAUCGUAUGAAUGAGGACGCCACACUGCAGCUGGUUUACAGGACAGAGACGGUGAUGAACAACUUGAAUCCGGUCUGGAAAACAUUCAAAGUCUCCCUCAACUCACUCUGUAACGGAGACCACGAGCGUAAGCUGCAGUGCACAGUGUGGGACUGGGACUCGAACGGGAAGCACGACUACAUCGGAGAGUUCGAGGCCACCUUCCAAGAGAUGCGGGGUGCCAUCGAAGGACGACAGGUGCAGUGGCCGUGUAUCAACUCCAAAUACAAAGUGAAGAAGAAGGGUUACAAGAACUCUGGCAUUGUCAUCCUCAACCAGUGCAAGAUUAUCAAGAUGCAUUCUUUCCUAGAUUACAUUAUGGGGGGAUGCCAGAUCCAAUUUACUGUGGCCAUCGACUUCACGGCGUCCAAUGGCGACCCUCGCAACAGCUGCUCUUUGCACUACAUCCACCCGUACCGACCCAACGAGUACCUAAAGGCGCUGGUCGCUGUGGGCGAGAUCUGCCAGGACUACGACAGUGACAAAAUGUUCCCAGCGUUCGGCUUUGGAGCUCGUAUCCCGCCGGACUACAAGGUCUCCCAUGACUUUGCAGUGAAUUUUAACGAGGAGAACCCCGAGUGUGCAGGUAUCCAGGGCGUGGUGGAAGCCUACCAGGCCUGCCUUCCCAAACUUCAACUCUACGGACCUACCAACAUUGCUCCCAUCAUACACAAAGUGGCCAACUCUGCCUCGCAAGAGGUUCACACCAAAGAGGCCAUGCAAUAUUUCAUCCUUUUGAUCCUGACGGACGGCGUGAUCACGGACAUGGCGGACACACGUGAGGCCAUCGUGCAGGCGUCUCACCUUCCCAUGUCCGUCAUCAUCGUGGGAGUGGGAAACGCAGACUUUGGAGACAUGCAAAUGCUAGAUGGAGAUGACGGGAUCCUCAGGUCGCCCAGAGGGGAGCCCGUGCUCAGAGAUAUCGUACAGUUUGUGCCAUUCAGGAACUUCAAGCAUGCAUCGCCAGCAGCACUAGCUAAGAGCGUGCUAGCCGAGGUUCCCAACCAGGUGGUCGACUACUACAACAGCAGAGGUAUCAAACCCAAAGUGGCCAGCCAGUACACCUCCAGAACCUUUGGACCAUGAGGGGCUCGGCCCGCUUCCGCAUAUCUGAAAAGCACAACUAAUGACCGCGAAUGACCCUUAAUGACAACUAUGGACUGCUAACAAUAGCUAAAGACCUCUAGCACACACUUCUUUUCACUCAAAUGAAUACUAGCUAGCUGUAGCAUCUUAGCAUCUUUCGUGCAUGCCAGGCAGAGGAAAAUGUUGCACUGUGAACGAGCACGUUGCCGUGUUGUCUGGAAGUUUAGUGCACCCGAUGACAAGUACACAGUUUAUGUUUGGACACUUUUGUCUAAUUUCCUGUAGCUCGGGGCACCAAAACAUCGUGCAUGAGUUUGUGUUGUUUUUGCAUGUAGUAACAUAUCAGCUAGCAUGCGAGGUCAAAACAUAUCCUACUAACAUUUUACAAAAUGUCUGCCACCACCGCAAUAUGAUGCGGGCCUAAUGUCUGCUAGCAUGUUAUGUCAAAACAUGUCCACCAUCAUUUUAUGGAGAACUAUUCAAAACCACAUUUUUUCAGACUGAUACCAGUACAAGUUGUCCUUCUUGAGAACUGACUGAAAUUGAAAAAUAUAGGUAUUAGCUAUGUUACCUGUACUGCCUUCAACAGGAAAAAUAUACCUAAUUACUGCACUGAAUGAUAUCGUUUAUAUCAUAAAGGCGUAAAGUCAAUAUAUGCAUGAACUCAAGUAAUGCAGGAAGUUAUCUUACCAUUCAAAUAGCAAAUAAAUGGAUAGGCCUACAUUUUGGUGGCAACACACUAAUCAAUCACUCAAAGAAUGAAUAAAAACAUUAUAAAUUGACUGUAUAUAAGUAUUUACAGUACUUACAGACAUUGCAUUUGAAUGCGCAUAGGAGAUGCAAUCCACUCAGCAAAACGCUCCAUCAGCAUGUAUGUCAUUUUCAUCCUGAUAGAACAGCCACAAAAGUAUCGGUAGCUGGAAUGACAUGACAUAAUACAUUGAUUAAACAGAUAUCGGUCACCGCCUGUUGCAAAUUUUACGUAACGCGUGUUUGUUAUGACAUAUUUGCUAGCAUGCUAGCACGAAACAUAUUUGCUAGCACUUUAUGGAGUGUCUACUAGUGAUCUGUCCAUAUUUAUCUGAAGCAUUGGAUGAUAAGACCUGCAAGCGCACCAUGUCAGAGCAUAUUUGCAAGCAUAUUAUGAUAAAACACCAACUAGCGUGGUAGAUCACGACAUAGCCGCUAACAUAUUGUGACAAAAAUAGCGGCUAACAUGUUAUGAUUUAACAUAUCAUAUUUCAGAUUUUAUGAUAAAAUGUCUGUUCGUAUGCUAGCUCAAAACAUAUCCUACUAGCCUUUUAUGAAAUAUCUUCUAAUGUGUUGUGACGUAACAUACCCAUAGUAAGUGCUGGGAAAACAUACCCUCUAGUAUUUUCGUAUGAAUGAUAUAAAUGACCUCUCGGACUCUAUGAUGGUAACAUGUUGUAUGUGCUAGCAAUUCUGCUAGCACACACAAAUGGAUUUUUUUUUUUUACAAUCCAACAUUUUGGAUGCUAACAUGUUAUAUGUCAUUAUAUUAGCUAGCAUGCUGGGUCAAAACAUCCGUUAGCAUUUUAUGCUUUAGCUAAAUAUUUUAUCCUAUGCUACAUGUCUGCUAGCAGUGUUUUGCUAGCAUGACAAAUGUAGACAUCCAAGCACAAUUUUCUUAAUCUAGACAAAAUGUUGUUACAAUGGAAACCGUCGUGUUUGCUUCCAUUUUGAUGUGUUUGGAUCUCUUGUCUUCCUGACGGGCAUUUAGAAGCCUUUCGUCCUUCUUGAUGUGUGACUGUUUGAUACAAGAUGGCGGAUGGGUCAUGUUACCUGACGAUAACAAUUAAACUUUUAUUACUGUCAAGAUCAA